AUGUCGCAGGCUAUCCCACUGACGCGUCUCGGCGGAAAAGCCUUCAACCACAGCGCCGGCAAUGAUGCCGAGGCUGAAUACGACCGUCUUCGCGACCUUGCGCGCGAGGAGGCCAAGAAGCGCAAUGCGUGUUUUGAUCGGUCCCACCAAGCCUAUGAGCGCGGCGACGGCGCCGAGGCCAAGGAGCUGAGCAACGAGGGCAAGCGGCACGCGGCCAAGAUGGACGAGUACAACAAGCAGGCCUCGGACUUCAUCUUCCGCGAGAACAACGCCACCGGCCGCGUCGCCGACGACACCAUCGACCUGCACGGGCAGUUCGUCGAGGAGGCCGAGGACAUCCUCGAGCAGCGCAUCCGCUACGCCCAGCAGCACGGCCAGACGCACCUGCACGUCAUCGUCGGCAAGGGCAACCACUCCACCAACCACGUCCAGAAGAUCAAGCCAAGGGUCGAGCAGGUCUGCCAGGAGCUGGGCCUCCAGUAUGCGACUGAGGAGAACGCCGGGAGAAUGUAUAUCAACCUGCAGGGCGGCGAGGCCGUCAUGCCGCCUGCGCAGCAGGGUGGCUACCCGCAUGGCGGCGGCCACCAGCAGCAACAGCAGCAUGGAGGCCAGCAACAACACCAUGGCGGACAGAGCCAGUACCCUGGUGGGCAACAGCAACAACAUGGUGGCCAGCAGCACCAGCAACAGCAACAGCAACAAGGUGGUGAUAUGGCUGAAAAGAUCGUCACGACAUUGCUCAAGAAGCUGGAGAAGGCUUGCUGUGUCGUCAUGUAG